UAAUACUGACCAAAAAAGUUAUCCCACAAUGUUAGUCAAAGUUACGUACCAUUCAAAUCGGUCCACAGAUCCACCAUCUUUUUCUUCAGCUUCAUUUUGUGAUGGCACCGGUUGCACUUGACUUUCCAGCUCAGUAUUUUCUUUUGGAGCCAUUCAAUUAGUUUGAGGUGUUUGUGUUUUUUUUUUUGCCUUCUGUCAGCUCACUCAACUUGUUUGCUAACUUUAACCCACGCAUGCCGUGUGCUCCUAAAAUGAAACGUGCAGCUUGGUAAGUGGCUAUCCUGUUAAAAUUACUGUCCGUCCUGCCAGAACAUUCUGCUCCUCCUUCAAGGCAGUUCCACCCAGGUUACACCGCGAUAACUCCUGAGUUCUGGUGCGCGCUAAUGCUGCGUUCAUGACACCUCAGAACUCUGGGUUUCCCCAUUGAAAACUCCCAUUUCUGUCUUCAAAGCGUUCCAGACAUUGACAUUAGACAUUGUUGUGUGAUAUCAGAAAACUGAUUCUCCAAGAAGACUCUGAAUUUCCCGAUUAGGAGCACCAAUAUUAGGCCUUAGUUAAAACCUUAGUUCCGAAUUGGCCUGAACGCCGCACGCCGCACUUUUUUCUUUGCGCGCACUGACCGCGGCCCCAGCUACAGAAGCGUCUCAGGAUGGAUGAGCUCGGAGUCUCACCUCGCAGGACCAGGCUAACCACGCAGAAGGAAAAAGCGGAAAAGGGAAAAUCAUCUGGAAAACAUGCUUUGACAUGUCUCAAGGAGGCUCAACAGUCCAGAAGAGAAGACAGUGAUGAUGAAGCGAUGAGGGGAUCUGAGAUGCAGCAUGACAGUGAAGACGACAGUGAGGAUGACUCUGAAUCCAGCUCUGAAUCCAGCUCUGAAUCCAGCUCUGACAGGAUAAGGAGAAAAAGGCGAAGAAAAGCAAACAUCGCUCUCGCCUGCGGGUUGGAGGACCAGGUGAUGUGGUGAAGCGGUACAAGGAAGUCCUUGCCAUUUUCCAGACGGGGAAGAAUAUGGCCAAAUCCUUUGAGAAGUAUGGAGUAGACAGACUUACUAUUGUGAGGACUGCAGCGAUUGCCGAGCUCGCAAUAGCUGCUCCAGAAGAAUAUGAUCAGGUGGAGAAGGGGGAGACGGUGGCAGACUUUGCUAAAAGAUGCAAGGAGGUUAUAAAGGCCACUGAAGUCAUUUCUGCUACAAUACAUAAAAUGAAGGAUGAUAAAAUUAUGCCAGCCUAUCAAACUGUGUUAUUGUAUUAUGUUACUAAAUAAUGUUUGUUCAAAGCUCUCCUCUGUGAAUUGUUGUUACGUAUCUGUUAUCAC